AUGGAUACGACCAUUGUAUCGACGAUGCUCUACACGAUCUCGGAUGAGUUUGGGGGGUUUCGAUUAUCAUCUUGGAUUGUUUUAUCCUACACCCUGGCGUAUGUUGGCUGUGCUGUCUUUGUCGCUCGGCUGUCCGACGUGGUUGGCCGGAAAUUUGCCCUUUUAGCAUGUUUUGUCAUAUUCCUUGCUGCAUCUAUGGCGUGCGCCGCGUCAAAAGAUCUCAAUCAGCUCAUCGGUUUCCGAGCCUGGCAGGGCGUUGGGGGAGCCGGACUCUACGCCAUGGCGAUGAUCAUCUACCCUGAGAUAAGUCCACCGAGUCUCCUGCCCGUGGUAUCUUCUAUCAUUGGGAUUAUCGUGGCUCUAGCAGGCAUCAGCGGGCCAAUUAUAGGUGGUCUAUUCACCACAUAUACCUCUUGGCGAUGGGCAUUUUGGAUCAACGGUCCUUGUGCCUUCGUGCCGGCAGUAGCCCUGUUCUUCACAUGGCCGAAUGAUUUCCAUGCCACGAGUGUUAUCAGUUUCAAGCAUCUCGACUACCUAGGGACACUCUUGAUUAUGCUCGGCUGCGUUCUUUUCGUUUUCAUCCUCAAUGAAGCGGCUGUCAGGGCCUAUGCUUGGAAAAGUGCACCCGUCAUCUUGAUCUUUAUUAUCUCGGGCCUCGCCUGGAUCGCGCUGGUCUUCUGGCAGUGGGUAGUGUCGUGGCACCCCAAACUUCAGCUCCUUCGGCCCCAGUUACCAUUCCGCCUACUAACGAACCGAGUCAUGUUAGCUGGCUUUGUGAGCACAAUACUAACUGGUUUCGUCAUGCUCCUAACCAUCGUCAACAUCCCUAUCAGAGCGCAAAUAGUCAACCUCAAAGACGCGAUCGGAUCCGGAAUCCUCCUUCUACCCUUGAUGGGAAGCACUGCAGUCGGGUCAGCUUUGGGCGGCGCCGUCUCCGCCAAAAAGAACAACACAUUCUGGACCCUGAACCUAGCCAGUAUAUUUAUGCUGAUCGGCAGCGCCCUUCUCUCCACGCUCCCCGAGUCUGUGGAACCGGUCGCAAAGCAGUAUGGAUUUGAGGUGAUCCUCGGUUUGGGACUAGGGCUGAGCUUGUCUACGAUAACCUUCCUCACCUCCAUGCAGGUGGACUUUGAAGAUCACGCCGUGGCGCAAGGGAUCGUCGCCCAGGCUCGUGUCUUCGGCGGUAGUAUUGGCAUCGCUAUCAGCUUCAUAGUCUUUAACCAGAAGGUUCAAGACGCGCUGACGGGCGUACUGACGCCGGAGAAGUUGGAUGAUUUUUACAGAUCGCCUACGGCUAUACUUGGAUUCUCCAUCAGGGAGCAAUUGUAUGUGAGGGAUACUUAUAUCGAUGUUUUUACGGUUGAUAUGCGUAUCUGUGCUGGUAUCUCGGCUGCGUGCCUGAUCGUCACUCUGUUCACCUACCAGCGAAAUCCCCAGUCAAUAAAGGAACGGCUCGCGGACCUUGAAGAAGUAUAUUUGCGUACUGAGGCGGCGGCUGCGGCGCGUGAAGGUGAGAGGCAGGACGCAUGCUAUAUCAAGGGUAUGGGCUCAAAAUAA